AUGCAUUGUGCCUACUUUCUUGGCGGUAAGAUGGUAGUUGGUAGCCCCCCCCCCGGUACCGAAAACUCCCAGCUACCUGACUUACGGGACCGGUGGUAAUAGGGGCUAAACGGGUGGGGCAAAUGAGUGGAGGCGUAAAUGGCGCUUGUGGGGAAUGCCUGGAAUUGACGAUCCUGAUAAAGUGAAAACCUAAUUUAAAGAAGGUGAAAAAUACAAGGAAGGUAAACACUUCGGAUCUGACUGACGUAUGAGACGCCUUGCUGUUGUAGUCUGAACCCAAGAGGUAGUAAGUGCGCGAUGUCGUAGGUGAAGUGCGCCCAGUUCAAACCCAGCAAUGUCGAAGCGCCCGGGGGGGUGCCGUAGUGCCUUAAACUGGAAGUGCAGGAAAGGAUCGCUAACUGGCCAUGGCGGUGUUAACAAGGCGUCACAGUUUUCAGCCAAACCCCUGCGACCAAAUACAACCGGGCUGUUCGUAAAGGCGGGGGGUGGAGGGCAACACUCUAUCAAUACGACUGAUGCACUGGAUGGAGUAUCGGUAGACACCCUAACUGAGCGUCAGUUGUCCUUUCGUACACGAUCGCACCGGACUCUAUUGGAGGUCUGGAGUAAAAAGACCCAAGGAUGCAGGCAAACCGACGAAACGGAGACCCGCGCCAAUCCGCCUAGGAUAGUGCCUAUGCAAUUAAUCUGAUGCAGGUAAUACUGUGCGCACAUGCAACUAGAAGCAUAAUGGGAAGCAUGAUGAAUUAUAAUCCGUUUAGGAUAAAUCUUUCGCCUUUUACUAAAGAGUUCCGUGUGGGGGUGCAAUACAAUGAGUCCAUAUAGACAGUCUUGCAGCGCCUCGUUCUCGGGGCGGUUAAAGUAAAGAAGAAAGUCAUCCUGACAGGGCCUCUGUGCGUGCACUCCCCAGACAUAAUGAGAACGUUAUCACACAUACCGAAAUCGAGCCAGUAGGUACAAUUGUAGAAUCAGUGGACAGGGCUACCAACUACCAUCCUGCCUUCUUGGCAUUAGUACGCGAGUCCGACCCCAAGGCAAACGGAACGCUCUGAUUCUGUCCUUUGGUUACUGAAUGCUUGUUCUACCGUAUGAACACGGUGGUGUUUGUGGUAUCUUUCAGUUACCUCAUAGAUGCGAAUAGAAAUUAUGCUUACUUCAUAGUAAGGGUAACUUGAGAGUGGUGGAGUGAAGCUCCAUCGUGUUAAGUUGGUCGUUCUAUUUGGUGGUACUACAAGACAGCGGACGUCAACCGCUAUUGUCUCGUACGUCACGAAGCUGGUUGCGACUACGAAAGCUCGUCUUUCACCUGGAAGUGGAAAAACACAUCAACAUUGACUAGAAGCCCGCAUGGUAGGGAGUAGGAAAUGUCUCAUAAAACAAUUUAAUGAGUCAAGGUUUUGACAGUGUGAUCGUUCGACUUCUAGGUCGCCGUGACCUUUUUCUCAAGGUAAUGAAAUUAGUCAAGUAAAUGUAAAAACUAAUAAAUUCUUCGGACUAUGAUGGGACUCUUAUAAGGUUUUACUGGCAUUGAUGAUGAUGAUGAUGAUGAUGAUGAUGAUGAUGAUGAUGAUGAUGAUGAUGAUGAUGAUGAUGAUGAUGAUGAUGAUGAUGAUGAUGAUGAUGAUGAUGAUGAUGAUGAUGAUGAUGAUGAUGAUGAUGAUGAUGACAACCGCGGGAUGAUAAAGGCGCUUAAUGGUAAUGGUGGCUGUAUUAGCGACGCUUUGUUUGGUUAUUUUGAGCUUUAA